AUGGUAAUGGCAUGCCUACCACCUGUUACCAUCGCUAUGGCCACAUACAAAAAGCGGCACCCGUCGCUGUAUUUACUGAAGGCCGAUUCAAGUGCUCAGCUCAUGCCGGACCAGGACUUCGAGCUGCAACCUCAAAGCGCAGGUUCGCAACCUAUGGACGAUAUAACCGAAGAUGAAGAAAAUCAGCCAGCGCUGCGAUUUCCAAGCUCCAAAUCAGCUCGUAAACGGCUAUUAAUACUGGCAUUUGCGAUUGUAUUGUCGUGGCUACUGGUCGGGUUUUCUGUGUGGCGAUUGCAAAGUGCCCGGUCUCUGCUUCUGGAUAAACAACACAAUCUUCAUGAAAAACUCCCCAAUGACAGAUCUUUCAAUAUGACGAAUGUUUUGAAUGGAGACUUUUCCUAUCGCGACGUGCCCUUCGCUUUCAUAAAAUCGGGCGCUUUGUUCCAAGCUCAGGAGAACGACGGUGGACUUUAUUUGACCAUCGACGACAGAAAUGGGAUCCCCAAGUAUGUGGCAGGAAAACUUGCCGAUAGGAAAUUUUACCGAGAUCUCGGUCGUAGAACUUUCGGCUUCAAGAAGGAUCAGUACGAGGUUUCCAGUUUCGUUGUCACCCAUCGCCUCGACUUCGCAAUAAUGUCGUCGAACAUGGAAAAGGAGUACCGCCACUCUUCAAAGGCAUACUAUUGGCUCAAGGACAUCGCCAAAAGCAUUAUUACGCCAAUCACACCAUUCCCAGAUAAUACUGAGUUGCAAAAGCUUUCGUAUGCCGGCCUUUCGCCUUCCGGAAAUUUCGUAUAUUUCGUGCAUGAGAGUAACCUGUACAUUCAAAAUGUGCUUACCAAAACGGUGAGACAACUGAGCUCUGACGGCUCAGAUCAGAUUUUCAAUGGAAAAACAGACUGGGUUUACGAAGAGGAAGUACUUGCCACGGACUGCGCUGUAUGGUGGGCUCACGAUGACUCGAAACUGGUCUGGGCACGUUUUGAUGACUCCAAAGUCUUAAAAGAAACUCUACCCAAAUAUAUCAACGAAGAAGCAUACGAUGGAGUCAAGUCCAUUAAUUAUCCCAAACCAGGGACCCCCAAUCCAAUGUUUACCCUUUUCUCCUACGAUGUGAUGACAGGAGCACUACAUGCAAUCACACAACCAGAUGAAAGUCGAAUUCUGUACCAUGCACAGUGGCUGAAUUCCACUAUUUUCUUGUUCAAAGAUUCGGACCGCAACUCUGAAGUCAUGUCUGUGAAAGUGCAUAAUCUGGAUACCAACAUGGUAUCUAAAGUGCGAGAGAUUGAUACCAAAACUUUUGGAGGUUGGGUCGAAAAAGGCCAUAACGUUCAGCUCAUCCCGAGCAAAGCGUCAGAGAACAGACACGACAUAGGAUAUGUUGAUAUCGAAGUUGAUGAUCAAGGAUUUCCUCACUUAUACUACUUUACUGAUGUUUUUUCUGGCGCAGGUCGCCAACUGACAUCGGGGUCUUGGGAAGUGACUGGGAAGGGAGUUGCGGGAUAUGAUUACGACGCUGAUGUUAUCUUUUUCCAUGCGAAUCUGCAAAAUAGGUUUUCGCAGCACCUGUACUCUGUAAGCAUAAACGAAAACGAUACCGAAGGCAUUCAAACCUUGCAAGAUCCUAGUGAAAAGGACGCUUUUUACGAGUUCGAAUUGAGUCCAAGUUGCAACUUCGGAUUGAAGCGUUACCGCGGUCCGAUGAGACCCAUGACUGAUGCUGGGGAUCGCAUUUUGCUGCUUAUGAACGAUCAGUCCAGGGCCAUAAUUCAACUUACAAACAACUCAGAGAUGCUUGCAGCCAUGGAUAGGUUUGAUAUGCCCAUCAAAAACCACAAGACAUCCACAUUAGAUGAUGGCACUGUAAUUGAUUACAUGGAGUCAAUUCCCGCGGAGAUGAGCUCCUUGAAAAAGCAUCCUUUGUUGGUGCAUGUCUACGGUGGACCGGGAUCCCACACCGUUGACACAAGUUUUACCAUAUCUCUAGAGGAAAGCUUGGCUUCUAGUGAGGAGGCAAUCGUGCUCAAAAUAGAGCCAAGAGGUACAGGAGGACGUGGUUGGAAAUACAGAAGCUGGGCGAAACAUAAUUUGGGUUUCUGGGAAGCAAGGGACGUGCUUAGUACUGUAAAAAAAUACAUGGAUACACACGCUGAUCUCAUAGAUCCUGAGCGUGUUGCCAUAUGGGGCUGGUCAUAUGGCGGUUUCGUCACUUUGAAGACGCUAGAACUGGAUGGCGGGGACACUUUCAAGUACGGCGUGGCUGUUGCUCCGGUAACAGACUGGAAAUUCUACAACUCGAUAUACACAGAACGGUAUAUGGGAUCAUAUGAGGACAACCAGGAAAGCUAUGAUGAUAAUGCAAUGGUAAAAGACGUUGCAAAUAUUGCGAAAGUUCAAAGAGUUCUCUUAAUGCAUGGAAGUGCUGACGAUAAUGUGCAUCUCAAAAACACAAUGAAUCUACUGGACAAAUUGAAUCUCGUCAAUGCAAACAACUACGACUUCAACUUGUUCCCAGAUUCAGAUCAUUCGAUCGUAUUUCACAACGCAGGAACAGUAAUUUACGAAAAGCUGUUCUCCUGGAUCAAAGCUGCUUUUGCAGGUCAGUUUGAAAAUCCGACAAAUUUCUGA